AUGGGUGAAAAUAAACCAGUUGGAAUAAAACCUUUUAUUUACGGAGGUUUAGCUUCAAUUAUUGCAGAAUUAGGUACAUUUCCAUUAGAUACAACUAAAACACGAUUACAAGUUCAAGGUCAGAAAUUAGAUAAAACACAUGCUAAUUUAAAGUAUUCUGGUAUGGUUGAUGCAUUAUUGCAAAUGAUCAAAUAUGAAGGAUUUAAAUCUCUAUAUUGCGGGAUCAGUUCUGCUAUUUUGAGGCAGUCAACGUAUGGAACGAUAAAAUUCGGAACGUAUUAUACACUUAAGCAAAUGGCAGUAGAAAAAUGGGGAACGGAACAAUUAGUAUUGAUAAAUGUUAUUUGUGCAGCAAUAGCGGGAUCUAUAUCCAGUGCUAUUGCUAAUCCAACAGAUGUGGUGAAAGUUCGUAUGCAAGUCAAUGGUAAUCAAGGAAAUCUAUCUUUAUAUGGUUGCUUCCAUCAAGUAUAUAGACAUGAAGGUGUUCGCGGUUUAUGGAGGGGGGUUGGACCUACUUCUCAAAGAGCAGCAAUUAUUGCGGCAGUGGAGCUGCCUAUUUAUGAUUUAACGAAAAUUUUUUUGAUACCUCAUAUUGGAGACAGUGUCAGUAAUCAUUUUCUUUCAAGCUUUACAGCUAGUACAGCAAGUGCGAUUGCUUCGACACCUAUUGAUGUUAUACGAACACGAUUAAUGAAUCAAAAACGUUUGCAUAAAACAAAUGGAACGUCUUCACCCCAUAUAUACAAAGGCAGUAUAGAUUGUUUUAUAAAGACGAGUAAAAAUGAAGGUUUUUUGGCAUUGUACAAAGGUUUUGUGCCAACAUUUCUGCGUAUGGGCCCAUGGAAUAUUAUAUUCUUUAUAACUUAUGAACAGUUAAAAAAAUUACCUCUCUUUUAA